GGAAUCACUUGUAUAUUCGCAGCAUCUUCACUCUGAUUGGAAAAUUAUAAAUUUCAUUUAUUCUUCGAGAAUUUACUGAGAAAGAAAUGUUUUUGUUGUGAAUAUAAAUAUAUUAACUUAUAACAUAAAAUUGUGAUUUUAUAGACAAUUUAGCCAACAAGCCAAAAAGACACAAGUAUUCGUAGCUCGAACUUGAAUGGAUUAAAGAAAAAAUUGUCUAAUAAGAAUUUGAAUAUUUCGGAGAUUUUUGUUUUGGAUCACACGCAGUGAAAGUGCUCCAAUUUACUAACAGUGUUAAAUUGUGUUUUAUUAUAAAUACUAUUCCCUGUAAAAAACUGCUUAAAUAAACAUAUUUCACUUAUAGUGAAUAAGUAAACAAAAACUAAAUCGCUUAUAAGAGGAAAAUUCUCCAAUGGGAGCCACAAACAAUAAUUAAUAAAAAAGAAAAUAUUACCAUUAAUUCGCCGAUUUUGUGUUACUCAAAUUAGCUCUCUACGAAUUUAACGCUCUCUCUCUCUCUCUUAUAUACUAUAUACAGCCCCCUUUGCGCCAAAAAGUGGUGUUUUGCGUUCUCUGACAUUUGGAGCUGUCAUAUUGACAGUCGUGUACGGUAGGUGAUUGCUUGUGCAUUUGGAAUACGCUGAAAUACGCUUGUUGCCAUAAUUUUCAAGUUAUUUUGUGCUAACUAACUAUUGUGUGUUUAGGCUUAAAAAUGUUGCUGCUAUAAAAUAAUAUAAAUUAUUUAAACACAGUUGCGUUAUUUAUGCUAUUCUAAAGCCAAAAAGUACAUCAAGUUGCUAUUUAAUACGCGCUACACUCUCGCUUGAAGCGCAGUAAAAUUAGAAGAAAAAAGUGAUGAUUUAGUGGGAGGUAACUUGAACAUUUGACAAAGAAUACAUAAGUAGCUACAAAGUGAAAGUGUUUAUUUUUGCGUGUACAAAAAAUUUGUGAAUUAUAAAAAAAAAAAGAAUUGGAACUGAUGUGUAACUAAAAGCGCAGCGUUCAUUAUUGUGCAAAACCACCGUCCAAUUAAUAUUUCGUCUUCCUGCCAUUUUAUUUUGUGGAUAAACUGCUGUGAAUUGUGAAAAAAAAAAUUGCAGUUACCUCUGACCCCCUCCCUUUAACGGUACUUAAUUUUUCGACAAUUCACCCCAAAUAGUGUUGUUUUCUUUCGAAGAAGUGUAAUAAAAUAAAACUUUGUGCGAAAAUUAUAGAAAAUAAAUUCACAACUUUUCGAAGUUUGAAAAAAAAACAACUGAAUCAAAAUGUAUCGCAUUGGUCCGAUUGGUCGUAAAUCGAAUUUUCAUUUGCGUGAAAAAUUCCUUAUUGGUUUGGUGUUAGGUACGCUAUGCCUACUCUGUUUCGGUGGUAUAUUCCUCAUACCCGAUAAUUUUGGCGGUGAACGCGUUCUCCGUGUUUAUAAGCAAUUCCAAAAAGCCGGCCCUGAAAUGUUCAUACCGGCACCACCGCUCGCCGCCCACGCCCCAAAAGACGCAGAUCCACAUUUUAUUGGCGACCGUCAGAAGCUACAAGCCAAAAUAAAGGAGGAAUUAGGUGAAAUAUUAGAUAAGCCAGAACUGCAGCAGCAGCAGCAACAACGCCAACAAGAUGCUGGCUAUGAUGGUGAGGAAAUGGGCGUAGGCGAUGAUGGACAACAGCAACAACAAGGCGCUGCACCACCUUUAAAUGGUGAAGGACCACCGGAAAGUGUAGCUACGGCCGGAAAAGGACAGCAUAUCAACAAUGAUGAUGCGGCAGCACGCCUGGAUAACAAUAACUUACCUGUGGGAAAAAUAGCAAGUUUAAUAAUAGUGCCCAGCGCAAAUGCUGAUCCGGAUCCAAAAGUGGAAGAGAAGCGACAGAAAGUUAAAGAGGUGAGUCUUCACAUACAGAAUAAAGUGCUCUUAUCUUUCAAGUAACUAUUACAUUAUUAUAUAUCAUAAAUUAUAUUAAUAAGAUAUGGUAAAUAUUACAUUUUUUAUUUUAAUAUGCGAUAUAAUUUAUAGCCGCUGUUUCACUUUUUUAUUAUCAUAUGUGUUUUUUAUGAAUCAUUUCUAUUUACUGUAAAUUUUUAUGUACCUUUUUUAAGCCCUUUCGAUUGAAGUGAUACACUUCAAGUAUCAGCGGUGCAUUUAAUGCACAAACCUUUUGUGGUUUCCCUGUGUUCUGUUAGCUAAUGAUACCGUUAUGAAUGUUUUAUGCAUUAUUUCUAUACCCUUAAUACGGGAAGUCAUUAAAGCUAUUUGUUUAUCGUAAAAAAAUUAGUUUAUAUUAGGUCUACAACUUUGCUCCCGCCGUUUUCCAAUAGAUGUCUCUAGGGUCAAUCACUGGUCGAUUAAAUCGAUUUUUUUAUAUCGAUCUUGGACAUUUGUGUCAACAUUAAUUCAACAAAAUAUUUGUAGAGAUCUGUUUGCAUCCCAAACUUAUUCUGAACUGAAAAUGUCACUUUUUGAGCCGAAUUCUCGACAAUUGCGGGAAUGUCUCUAGGGGUAAGCACUGGUCUAUUAAAUCGAUUAAAUCGUUUUAUAUCGAUAUUGGACAUUUAUGUCAACAUUAACUCAACAAAAUAUUUGUAGAGAUCUGUUUGCAUCCCAAACUUAUGCUGAACUGAAAAUGUCACUUUUUGAGCCGAAUUCUCGACAAUUGCGGGUAUGUCUCUAGGGUCAAGCACAGGUCGAUUAAAUCGUUUUAUAUCGAUCUUGGACAUUUAUGUCAACAUUAACUCAACAAAAUAUUUGUAGAGAUCUGUUUGCAUCCCAAACUUAUUCUCAACUGAAAAUGUCACUUUUUGAGCCGAAUUCUCGACAUUUGCGGGAAAUUUUGCUUUUCUUUUUUUAAUUCAAAGAAAAGUACGGUUGAGGCUCAUCGACAUUUGUAACCGUUUUUAUACAAAAAAAAACUUAAUUAAAAAAAAAAACGGCGGAAGCAAAGUUGUAGACCUAAUAGAUUCUGAGCUUUCUUAUUUUUUCUCAGUAGAAUAGCCUCCUGUCGAUUGAUUCCUUUGGUAUUGCGUAACUUGAACGACAAAAUUCAAAAAUUUCUAACGAUUGAAACAUUUUUGUCAACAAAUGAGCGAUUGAAAAGCAUUCAUAGUGGAUGGUUGAGCGGCUGAUCGACACUUACAAUAGCACCUAUAGUCGAUAAUCGCUAAGGAGUCGAUUAUCUACUGUCAGUCGACACUUGCAAUAGGUGUGAUAGGCAAAACCACACGAAACCAACCAACAAAAAGUCGAAACGAGACAUGAAACAUUCGACCUCAGAGAUCUAAGAUCUAAUCUAGUUUAAUAGGAUGUAAGGUAUUUAAAAUCUUCCUCGUCGGAUUCACCAAAGUAACGACUCAGGUUUUGAAGUUAAAAAAGAUUAACAAAUACUAAAUAUUCACAAAUAAAUGAGUUGCUAUAUGAGGUCUGAGAGAC